AUGACCGACAUUUCUCCUUCGGAUAAUAAUGUGAGGCAAUUUGGACAAAAUGGAAUUAUACAGCCUCUUUUAACAGAUCUGUAUCAAAUCACAAUGGCCUAUGCCUAUUGGAAAUCAGGCAAAACCGAAGAUCAUGCGGUGUUUGACUUAUUUUUCCGGAAAAAUCCAUUCCAAGGCGAAUUCACGAUUUUCGCUGGACUCGAAGAGUGCCUGAAAUUUUUAGGAAAAUUUCGUUAUUCGAAAAGUGAUAUAGAAUAUCUAAAGGAAAUUUUACCACCUUCGACUGAAGAAGAAUUUUUUCAUUUCCUCAGCACCUUGACCGCAAAAGAUGUGAAAUUGUAUGCCAUGGCAGAAGGAUCUGUAGCAUUUCCCAAGGUUCCCCUGAUGCGAAUAGAAGGUCCAUUAACUAUAGUUCAGCUAAUAGAAACGACAUUACUGACGUUAGUUAAUUACGCCAGCUUGAUGGCAACAAAUGCGGCCAGAUAUAGAAUCGCAGCUGGAAAUUUAAUGUUAUUGGAAUUUGGCUUGCGAAGGGCUCAAGGGCCUGACGGUGGCUUGUCAGCUUCAAAAUAUUCAUACAUAGGUGGAUUUGAUGGUACGAGUAACGUCCUGGCAGGCAAACUCUUUAACAUUCCAGUGAAAGGAACUCACGCUCACGCUUACAUAACUUCCUUCAACGGUUUCUCGGAGCUGAAAAACACUCACCUCCAGCCUAAAAACGGUGGUAAACCUCGUGACCUACUCAAACUAGCUCUAUUUUGGAAAGAAGAACUAUUGAUAAUGUUUAAAGUUGCAGCUUCAGAAGCUAACGAAGGUGAAUUGGCGGCUCUCAUAUCGUUCGCAAUAGCGUUUCCUAGUGGAUUCAUGGCCUUGGUGGACACGUACGAAGUACAACGGAGCGGUCUUUUGAAUUUUUGCAUUGUAGCCUUAGCUUUAAACGACUUAGGAUAUCGGGCGACAGGCAUAAGAUUGGACAGCGGAGAUUUGUCGUAUUUGUCCAACGUCGCCAGGCACUAUUUUACUGAAAUAAGCAAAAAAUACGAUAUUCCUUGGUUUGCGAAUUUAUUGAUCAUGGCCUCAAAUGAUAUAAACGAAGAAACCAUCGUCAGCCUCAACGAACAAGGUCACAAAAUCAAUUGCUUCGGCAUCGGUACUCAUUUGGUAACUUGCCAGAGGCAACCAGCUUUGGGUUGCGUCUAUAAAAUGGUCGAACUCAACGGUUAUCCAAGAAUAAAGCUCAGCCAGGAAGUCUUCAAAGUUACCAUGCCAGGUAGCAAAGACGUUUACCGGCUUUACAGCGAGAGCGGGCACGCUCUUGUAGAUCUGGUGCAGAGAUACGUGGAACCGCCUCCGAAUGUGGACGAAAAAAUUUUGUGCAGGCAUCCGUUUGAAGAAUCGAAAAGGGCCUACGUUAAACCGGCGAGAAUCGAAAAGUUGUUGGUGCUUUAUUGGGAAGAUGGACGAAUUGUGAAGACGCUGCCUAGUCUGCAGGAAAUUAAGGAAAAGGUAACCAGUUCUUUGAAGACUUUGAGGCCAGACAUCAAAAGGAAUUUGAAUCCUACGCCAUAUAAGGUUGCUGUGAGUGAUGAUCUCUACCAUUUUAUUCAUGAUCAGUGGCUGAAAAAUGCACCUAUAGGUGAAUUAUCUUAA